CUGCUCUGGCCUUAUCAGGCAUUACCUACUAAAUAAUAUACCAGUACUGUGGAUUUUUACGGGGAAAUCUGGGUCUUCAAACGGACAUGGAUUCAUUCCGGCGCCAUAUGAGUGGAUUAUAAACACACUGGAUUCAGAGAAUGAAGAUGCCUGAGGCCUGAGUUUUUUCAAGUCCUCCACCAGAGAGAGCGUGUUCCAGGGCUGGGGCUGGACCCAGAGACCCCUGCCUUGGGGGUGAAGGGACCUCACAGCCCUGUGUGAGUCUGGACCAUGGGGGAUGGAGGCGCUGGUGCAACUGGAGGAGAUGGGGUGAACCAGUCCCAUGUCCUGUUUGACAACUUCGUCCAGGCGACCACGUGUAAGGGCACGCUCAAGGCCUUCCAGGAGCUCUGUGACCACCUGGAACUCAAGCCCACCGAGUACAGGGUCUUCUAUCACAAGCUCAAGUCCAAACUCAACUACUGGAAGGCCAAGGCUCUCUGGGCCAAGUUAGACAAGAGGGCCAGCCAUAAGGAGUACAAGAAGGGUCGAGCCUGUGCCAACUCAAAGUGUCUGAUCAUUGGCGCAGGGCCAUGCGGCUUACGUACAGCCAUCGAGCUGGCUUUCCUGGGGGCCAAAGUGGUGCUGCUGGAGAAGAGAGACGCCUUCUCCAGGAACAAUGUGCUGCACCUCUGGCCCUUCACCAUCCAGGACCUCAGGGGCCUCGGGGCCAAGAAGUUCUAUGGGAAGUUUUGCGCCGGUGCUAUCGAUCAUAUCAGUAUUCGUCAGCUUCAGCUAAUGCUGCUCAAAGUGGCUCUCCUGCUGGGAAUUGAGAUCCAUGUCAACAUAGAGUUCAAGGGUCUUAUUGAACCCCCGGAAGAUCAAGAGACCGAAAAAAUAGGCUGGAGGGCUGAGGUCCACCCCAAGACACACCCUGUCAGCGAGCUGGAGUUCGAUGUCAUCAUUGGAGCAGAUGGAAGGAGAAACACGUUACCAGGGUUUCGGCGAAAGGAGUUCCGCGGCAAGCUUGCCAUUGCCAUCACUGCUAACUUCAUCAACAGGAACACGACAGCGGAGGCGAAGGUUGAGGAGAUCAGCGGUGUGGCCUUCAUCUUCAACCAGAAGUUCUUUCAAGACCUCAGAGAAGCAACAGGUAUUGACCUGGAAAACAUUGUCUACUACAAGGAUGACACGCACUACUUUGUGAUGACUGCCAAAAAACAGAGCCUGCUGGAGAAAGGAGUCAUUCUGCAUGACUAUGCAGACACAGAGCUGCUGUUGUCCAGAGCUAAUGUAGACCAGGCCGCCCUGCUGUCCUACGCCCGGGAGGCUGCGGAUUUCUCCACCAGCCACCAGCUUCCCACACUGGACUUUGCCAUCAACCACUACGGCCAGCCCGACGUAGCCAUGUUUGACUUCACCUGCAUGUACGCCUCUGAGAACGCCGCCAUGGUGCGCCAACGCAAUGGCCACAAGUUGCUGGUGGCACUGGUGGGAGACAGCCUGUUGGAGCCCUUCUGGCCCAUGGGCACUGGCAUCGCUCGAGGUUUCCUGGCAGCCAUGGACUCUGGCUGGAUGGUGAAGAGCUGGGCUCAGGGAAAAACCCCUCUCGAGGUGCUCGCUGAGAGGGAGAGUAUAUACCGUCUACUGCCCCAGACCACACCAGAGAACGUCAGUAAGAAUUUCAGUCAGUACAGUGUGGAUCCAACCACACGUUACCCCAACAUUAGCCUUAACUUCCUCAAGCCCAGCCAGGUGCGACACCUCUUUGACACUGGGGAGUCGAGGGAAAUGCGCAUUGAAAUAGAGAACGUUAUCAACACGUCAACUCCCAAGCUGGCCAGGAAUGAAAUUUGCCUGCUUGACAAGCAGUUGCAAGAAUCCAUAGCUCGAUCUAGUAAACUGCUCAACUGGUGCCAGAGACAAACCGAGGGCUACAGGAAUGUUAAUGUAACAGACCUUACCAUGUCUUGGAAGAGCGGUCUGGCCCUGUGUGCCCUCAUCCACCGAUACAGACCGGAUCUCAUUGACUUUGACUCAUUGGACGAGCGAGACCAGGAGAAGAACAACCAGUUGGGUUUUGACGUGGCGGAGAAGGAAUUUGGCAUCUCGCCCUGCAUGACUGGCAAGGAGAUGUCUUCUGUGGUGGAGCCAGACAAACUCUCCAUGGUCAUGUACCUCAGCCAGUUCUAUGAGAUGUUUAAGGACACAGUGCCACCUGGAGAUAACCACAACUUGAGUCCUGAGGAGAAGGCGGCAUUGAUAGCCAGCACCAAGUCUCCCAUCUCGUUCCUUAGCAAACUUGGUCAGAGCAUAGCGAUAUCCAGGAAACGAAAUCCAAAGGACAAAAAAGAGAAGGAUGUAGACGGUUUGGGGAAGAGGAGGAAAACCAGUCAGUCUGAAGAUGAGGAGGUGUCCAGGACCGGUCGUGACGACAGGCCGUCUGUCCCUGCCAUCCUGUCGGAGAGAAAAAUGGACUGUGCUGCUGUAGGGAAUAACAACAAAGUCAAGGUCAUGGCCACACAGCUACUCGCCAAGUUUGAGGAAAACGCCCCGGCCCAGCCCACAGGACUCAAAAGACAGGGGGACUCUCUGCCCAAUCUGGACCGCCUUUUCCCCCCCUCCCCGCCCCAAACCCCCAUGAAUGAGCCAGUGCGCCUGGCACCUGUCCCAGCAUGGAGAAAGGCCAGAAGUGGUGCAGACCAACUGUCCAGCUCGGGCUCUCGGAGCUGCCCAAAGAAAACCAUUCUGCUCCCUUCUUCCUCCUCCACUUCCUCGCUCUCUCUUCACUCAGAGCAUUUGCGUAGAAGUCCGGAGGAAGAGGAACUUGAAUACUACGAAAGGCCUCAGAAAUAUGGGGAAUGGGAGCCACUGCACCUGACAGACCCAGGACCCAUUCACAUACCUGGUAUACAGGAGAGGGCUGACCGCCUGAUCUCAAAGUUUAAGGGCCGACCUGACAAGCCACCAAAGCCUAAGAAAAAGCCCUCCCAUUUCUUUUUAGAGCAGUGGUACUUGUCCCGAGGCCUAACUAAGAGUCCUGGUUCACCACUAUCCUCUCCUGACUCUUCCAGAAAGGAGUCAGCAAGGCCUCUGCAUUCUGAUGACCAAUUGCCCUUAUAUGUGCUUAGUAUUCAGGAGAGAGCCAAGCAACUUGCCACUCAGUUUGAGGGCAAGCCAGUCGGGCCACAGCCUAAGAAAAAGCCCUCACGUUUUUUUAUGGAACAAUGGCACCUGGCCCGAUCCCAGAGUCCCCCUGAUUCCCCCCUCUCAUCCUCUGAGACCUUGAGACAGCGCUAUGUAAGGAUGUACACAGGGGGAGUUAGCUCAUUGGCUGAGCAGUUAGCCAAUCAGCUUCAGUCUCAGGAAGACGCCAAGCCCCCACCUGAAAAGAGGGAUUUGGGCUCUCUCAGAAAAGAGUUCCCUGUCAACAUUGGAGGCAGCGACGUUUGCUUCUUCUGUCGAAAGCGUGUGUACGUGAUGGAGAGGCUGAGUGCAGAGGGGAAGUUCUUCCACCGGAGCUGCUUCAAGUGCGACUACUGUGGCACCACGCUACGACUGUCCUCCUACGCCUUUGACGUGGAGGAUGGGAAAUUUUACUGCAAGCCCCACUACUGUUACCGUCUGUCUGGCUACGCUCAGAGAAAGAGGCCUGCUCCCUCCCCUGCUCCAAUCACAGCUAAGGAAAACCAGGCGCCCCAAACUCCUACGGUGACCGUAGAUGCUCCCGGAAGGGCGAUGGCAGCGGCAGCCCCCUCGGCCGAGCUCCAGCCCUCAGUACCGGAGGUCAACGGACUACAGGAGCCCAGCCUGGCUAAACGACUGCGGGGAACUCCAGAGCGCAUCGAGCUGGAGAACUACCGCCUGUCCCUGCAGAGGGAGGAGGAGCUGGAGGAGGUGCCCGAGGAGACGCUGGCAGAACACAACCUCAGCAGUGUGCUGGACAAGGUCACAGAUGCCGACUUGGGCUCCAGCAGCUCAGAGUCAGACAUGGAGGAGGAGGAUGAGCAGGAGGAUCAGGAGGAGGUGGAGGUGGAGCAGCAGCAGCCUCCCAGUCCCUCAGACCUCGGCGGUGUUCCCUGGAAGGAGGCGGUAGAGCUCCAUGCCAAACUGAGGGGCGACCGUGGUGACGAGGGGGAGGGCGAGGGUCUGGGCGAUGCAGUCAGCAGAGACGGUGAAGUAGAUGAGGAGGAGGAAGAAGAGGAGGAGGAGGAUGAAGAUGAGGAUGAAGAUGAUGAGGAGUCGAGUGACGAGGGGGAUUAUUGCCCCUGGGAUAGAGAGCUCCAGUCAGGCCUUUGGCUGGAGAAGUACCUCACAGAUGAAGAGGAUGUUGCUACGUUUAAAGCCAGGAACCUAAAGAUCCAACAAGUCCUGCAGCCUGUGGAUCCCCAGGCCAUUCCAGGUUUGGUGAGAACACACCUGGACUCUGAGGGAGAAAAGGAUGGCCGGCCGGCCUUGGCCUCCCAGCUCUCCCAACCCUCUGAGCUCACGCAGCCCUCCUCCACAGCACCUGCCCACACAUCCGCCCGACACGAGGCAGUGAGAAUCUGGUUGGAGUCCAUGUCUGGAGAGCCCUGUGAGGAUGAAGACCUGGAAGCAGAAGCAGACAGCCCGGAUAUGGAGCCGGGUACAGAGAUGGAUCAGGAUGACAUCCCUUCAGAUGCAGAAGCUGAGGCUCGUUUGCACCAAUCAGGGCAAGCUGAAGCACUUCCAGAAGAAGACAAGAGAUCUGAAAGUUUGGGAAUGGCCUCCAGUAUUGAACCAUCCAGCAUCAGCCCAGUGCAGAAAGAAGAUGUUGUCCUUUCCCCUCUCAAACCAUCACCAGAGCCUGAGACACAGAUACCUCUUGUGAUGUCUCCAGGAACCCGCUUUUUCCCAGACCCGUUCAUACCUGAGGAAACAAAGCCAGAGAGGACAACUCCUUCCCCAGCUGCCAAGAGCCCACUGUGUCCUUCUCCUGCUCCUGUCCAGGAUCCCUUUCCUGUCCCUUCUCCUGCUCCUCCUGCUGCUUCUCCCAUCAAUGUCCCAGCCUCAUUGCCUCCCACUUCACCCACCAUAUCACCUGUCACCUCUCCACUCAAACCAGCAAUCAAGUCACCUGUCAGAUCCCCUGUCAAAUCUCCGGCUAGCUCACCAAUCCGCUCUCAGCCCACCCCACUACCAGAGACUCGCUCACCGAAAUCUCCGGUCUACCCUCACCGCUCCAUUUGCCCUCUCACGGGUAACCCCCUCUCCCCAAUUUGUGCCCAGCCUUUGCCUUGUCAUGAACCGUCAUCGCCCCUCUCUGAUUCGCCUGUCAGAACUCAGCCUGUCCCUGCAGUCACUUCAACGCCCGCCACCAAAACUGACAAGGGCACACCAGAGCACUCUAUAGAUUCUUCAGCAGAGGAAACUCCGUCUAAAAAAACAGAUAUCAUUGAGGAAUUUUGGUUAAAGAGCGCUGAGAUAAGGAAAAGCCUCGGCCUGUCUCCUUUGGAUCGCAGUAGCAAAAUCUUAGAGAAGAGUGUUGUUAAGUCUCCAACGCAGGACCCUACCCCUGUCAAGACACAGUCUCCAGAUGUGUCUGAGGAACAGAAACCUGCCUUUACUGGUCGCGCUGUCAUUCGUAGGCUCAACAUCACUCUAGAGGGUCAGGUCAUUACUCCCAUUGUUCCUGCGGAGCCCAAGAGUAAUGGCUCCGAUAAGAGGGACCUCAGCAGCAGCUCUGGCUUGGGCUUGAAUGGGAGCAUGGCCACGAGCCAGACGGCAAACAGUGACAGCUACAACAUGUCUGACUCCACUAUGCUCACCCCUCCCUCCAGCCCACCGCCACCCGUGCCUGCUAAUCAGUCUCCAGCUGUGCUGCGGCAGCAGAGACACCAGGUGUCCUGGAGCAACGGAACAGAAAAACUUCCGUCUGAGCGUGCCAAAGAGCCGGCAAAAACCAAGACUCCUGUUCCUGCGCCAAGGACCCAGCUCAGCCCCGUGUCUGCGCCCAAGCCUGCGCCCAGGAAAGUCUCAUCGCCACAGGCAGCUCCAGAAGCAGCUCCAGUGGUUGUUAUGAGGGAGAAAAAGAAGCCUCGACCAGAGGAGGCGAGGAAGUCAUUUGUGGAGACGGUGGAGGAGAUUCCAUUUGCCGAUGAUGUGGAGGAGACGUAUGACGAGCGGACGCCCGAAACGAGCAUGAGCAAGUAUUAUACUCCACCCACCAGCAAGCCCAUUAGGGAAAAACCUCCUCUGCAUCUGGCUUUAGCAAUGGAAAACGGUAAGCCCAAUAUCCCAGGCAACGCACUCUCUAAGACCCAGAGGGCAACUCAGUUCUCUCCAGAGGCCAAGGAAAUCGCAGAGGAGAGAAUGAGGGCCAGGGAAAAGUCUGUCAAGAGCCAGGUACUAAAAGACGCCAUGGCCAAGCAGCUGAACAAAAUGAAAGAAUCUGACAUUGACAAGGGUGCCUCACCUAAAGUGGCCUGGAGUGUAACCCCUGAGACCUCCGCAAAAAGUAAAAAGUCAGCCGGAUCUCCGAAGACAUCGGCCGUGAAAGCCCUGGAGUCCAAAAAGACAGAGACCCUGCCAGAGCGUUUCUUCAGCAGCAACAAGAGCCUGGACAGCUCUGUGGCUUCGUCCGACGGCUCCUCUACGAGCAAGAGCAAGAAAAGAAGUUCCCUCUUCUCGCCGCGCAAGAAUAAGAAGGAGAAGAAAGCUAAGAACGACAGCAGCAGGGUUUCUGGCACAGAUGAGACACCACCCAAACACAAGUCAUUAUGGAAGGCUGUGUUCUCAGGGUACAAGAAGGACAAAAAGAAGAAGGAUGACAAAUCGUGUCCGAGUACGCCGUCCUCAAGCUCCACCACUCAGGACUCUGGGAAGAAGAGAGCAUCACCUCUUGGGAGAUCAUCAGACUUGAAAUCCCGCAGAAACUUGAGCUUCUCCGAGGACUCCGACCUGUCCUGCGAUGAUGUUCUGGAGAGAUCCUCCCAGAAGUCAAAGGCAGAUCGGCAUAUGGACAUCUUUGACCUAGUGUCAGGCAUGCAGAAGGAAGCGAUAAAGGAGGAGAAACUGGAAAAAGAGAGAAGGAGGGAGUUAAAGGAGAGAAAGAGGGUGAAAGAGAGGCAUAAAGAAAGAGAGCGGGAAAAAGAGGUUGAUCGAGAAAAGGAGAAAGACGAUGAGGAGUCUGUUUAUGUUCCUCACGCACUGGCGUUCAAGAGAUCGUACGCCACAAAGAAAACCUACACCGAGGAAGAGCUGAAUGCCAAGCUGACACGAAGAGUCCAGAAAGCUGCGCGAAGACAAGCCAAGCAGGAGGAACUCAAGAGGCUGCACAGAGCCCAGAUUAUCCAGAGGCAGUUGGAGCAGGUGGAGGAGAAGCAGAGGCAGCUGGAAGAGAGGGGCGUUGCUGUGGAGAAGGCUUUGAGAGGAGAAGCAGGAUUGUAUAAAGGUACUUAUACAUUACCCAAACAGCACAAAAGAAGAUCAGACUAUUGGGGAGAUUCUAAUUACAGUGAAAUCCUGGACUUGCAUCUGGGCGUUGAGCCCUUUGUGGGGAUGCCACGCCGAAGACCUCUCUCCUUCUGCCCCUGCUGUUCCCCUGAAGGCAUGGGCAAGAAGGACGAUCCCAAACUAAUGCAAGAGUGGUUCAAGCUGGUGCAGGAGAAAAAUGCCCUGGUCCGCUAUGAGUCAGAACUCAUGAUAUUUGCCAGAGAGCUAGAGCUGGAGGACCGACAGAGCCGACUGCAGCAGGAACUCAGGGAACGAAUGGCUGUGGAAGACCACCUGAAGACGGAGAAGGAACUCGCUCAGGAAAAGCAGAUCCUAAAUGAGAUGUUGGAGGUGGUGGAGCAGCGCGAUGCCCUGGUGGCCCUCUUGGAGGAGCAGAGGCUUCGGGAGAAGGAGGAAGACAAGGACCUGGAGGCUGUCAUGCUCUCCAAAGGCUUCAACCUCAACUGGGCCUGAGGGGAGUGAGAUAAUUUCUCAUCUGUUGUAGCGAAAACGUCAGACUUGUGAUUGACGUUCCCAGCCACAUCUUUGAUCAGAAUAAUCUGCUGAACACCGACACAGGCAGUUGGUCUAAAACUGUCACACCUGCAGCAGUGAAUGUGUAAAGAUUUCCCCGACACACACAAACACUACGGCUGCCUCUGACACUGAGGCAGUCUGCAACGUUUACAUAUCUUCUGCCCACAGGCAGUCCUAGUUAAUCACUCUGCAGUUUUGCUUGCGCUCUCUUUCUGUGGGUGGAGAGGCGAGUACAUUCGCAACUUUAUCAUCACAGCCUUGAAGUGGAUCCUCUCAAGCUAGUUGGGCGGGCCUCUGGGAGAAUGUGUAAAGACUUCUUUCAUUCUCGAUUAUCUAAAGGGAAGAAUGCAGUUCGGUCCUGCUGAUGUAAAGGAAUUGUAUAGAAUUGUGUUUUUGUGUAUAGUUGUGAAGAUCAAGCCACAUUUUCAGUGGAUGAAGGUUUUCUCUUUUCUGAAAAGGACUGCUACAGAGGUGUGCUUAAAUGCUUAAGUGAUGAAGAUCAGUCUUUUCAGUCUGACUGUAGGAAGGACAUCCUCUGCUGAAGCUGCCUUUCUAUUCCGUGACAAACUUACAUCCACGUUCUAAUGAACCACAAAGAUACCAAGAAAGGCUCAUUCUCUUUUUUCUUUUGUUUUUUUCAUUACCCCUACAGACUGUUUAGUGAGUCAACAUGAAGAACCCACUAAAUAUGGCCAUGUUUUUUUUAUAUGUAUUUAUUAGUUUUCUUUUAACAGAUACACAUAUUUUUUUUGUCGCGCAUUCACAUGAGAGUGCCCAGAAUUUCAUUAUCUUGCACUUGUGCAUAACUCCCAUGCACCCAUAAGCCAUUGCAUGUCAGGAAUGAAGGCUGCAGGCACAUAGAAGAUCUUUACAUCAUCUUUGAUAGCUAAACUUAGAAUACAGACUUAUUCUAUAUACGAACAUAUAAGCACUCCAUAUGACUCAACAAUGAUGGGCCUCUCUGUGAGAUGCCAUUCACUGUAUAUCACACUGACCAUUACCGUUUACAAAUACUUGUCCAUGUUCGUUAUUGGAUUUUUAUGUCUCUUACUUUGGCAAACAGUAGCGAGUUAAACCAACUGUUGAAAGAAUUCAUCUUGGAAAAAUGAAUGUACCUUUCCAGGUGCAAAUGUGUUUCUACCAUAUGUGUCAGUGAUAUUAUUAUUGUUAACGAAUCUGAUUUCAUUUUUGUUAAUGAGAGAUCAGUGUAGCUCACAUCACUCAUCCUGUGCCACAGGACUGUUUCUGUCGGUGGAUAUGCAAUAUCGAACCACAAGAACUUACACACUACACAACACUUAGAUCAGCAAAUGGCAGUGUUAAUCCUUCACCCUUGAACAAGAUGCCUUUUUCAUUUUCAGUCUUUAUAUUUAAUUUAUAUUUUCAUUUUUUUCUGAGUUUACUUGUUUUUUGAGGUAGUCACAUCUGUGUGUCCCACUGGAACUCAAGAUUUUUAUUUUUUUCAAAUACUUUUUUUUUUCUACAGCAGGUCCCUCAAGCAAACAAAUAAGAGAAUUUUAAAUGGGAUGCUGAAGAAAUGCAAAGUGCUUUAUGAGCACCUUGCAUCAGACGGUGACAUUAUGGUUUAUCUGGUGGGCAGUCAAAUCUAAUAGCCUUUCUGACAGCUGUAAAAAACAAACAAACAAACAGUUGGUCACUGUUUUACAGCACAGAAAACACUAGAGGCUAUAUUUAUGAGCUGUAAAUAAAAAAAAAAGUUAUAUAAUUUUAAGGGGUAUUGUUUUAGAUGGUGUGUGAUAAGUUUGACUGGAUUGUAUUGAUAUUUAUUAACAUGUGUGCAGACUGUAUUAUAUGUAAAGAAAACGAAUCCUAAUUUUUAAACUAUUCUGUUGACACAUGACUCAUAAUGUAAAUGCUUCAUGUAGCUAAAAUACAUAGGGGUGUUGAAUGUAUGCUGAAAACGGCAAUAAAACAAUGCAGUUGUU